AUGCAUUCUCUCAUUGGUGGUAUCACACGAGCGGACUAUAGAAGAGGGUUCGAAACCCAUCAUCUAGGUACCCACGAGACGCAGGAGGAGGAGAAAGGAGAGGAGAAAGGAGAGGAGAAGGGAGAGAAGGAGAAGAAACAGAAACGCCACACUACAGCCACAAAGAGCCACCUUCACCAGAGCCUCAAGAACCAACUUCACCAGAGCCCAAAGAACCUCCUUGGGAAAAGCAAGUACGAUAUCAUCUCUUUAGGCCGCUUCGGUCCAAGCGGUGUCGAGCCACAACCACAUUGCAGCCACCAAGAACCACCUUCACCAAAGCCCCCAGAGCCCCAAGAACCUCCUAGGGAAACGCUAGGACGAUAUCAUCUCUUUAGGUCCGUCAGUCCAAGAGAUGUCGAACCACAGCCACACGGCAGCCAAAUAGAACCACCUUCACAAGAGCCCCAAGAACCUCCUUUGGCAACGCAAGGACUAUAUUAUCUCCUUAGGGCCGUCAGUCAAAGCUAUGUCGAACCACAGCUACACUGCAGCCACCAAGAACCACCUUCACCUGUUGAGUCUCUCCAGCUCCAGCAAGGCGAGUUGCUGAGGUCAUACGCAUUCUCUCGUUGGUGGCAUUUCAAGCGAGUGGACUAUCAGAAAGAGCGUUCCAGACCCAUCAUCUAG